UGCCCGGUCCUGGGCUGCGGUCAUCGCCAACCCCACCCCUCUGCCUUCGUCCGCUUCCACGCCCCCUCGCCUGAUGGCUCGCGUUUCGGCUGGCAUUGGUGCGCCGGAUGCGCGCCCGGAGGAGGAUUCCUGCAUCAUCCGCUCCUCGUUCAACCUCGACCGUGACAUGCUGGAGUGGGAGCAGACGACAGCCAUCGCCUGGGCCAUCAACGCGCCACGGCGCCUUGAGGCGCUUGACGUCGACCACGCCAUCCGGAAGCAGUUCCGCCUCAGCCACGCGGACGUCGCCGUUACUCCGUACCAUCCGGUGGAGUUCCUCGUCAAGUUCGAGCGCAAGGCUCACUGUGACGAGGCGCUCGCUGCUGGGUGGGUGCGCGCUGGCGGCGCCAUCGUCCACAUCCGGCCAUGGCGCCCGCUAGAGCGCGCCUUUAGCGCCGCCCUCAAUUUCCGGGUGUGGCUCUGCCUGGAGAACGUCCCCGACUACGCCUGGACUCCCUUCAUUGCCGAGCGCAUCAUCGGGCGCCGUUGCUCCCUCGACCGCCUUGAAGACCACUCCGCGCUUCGAACCAACUCCGAGACGCUCGACCUCUGGGCUUGGACUGCCGACCCCAACCUGAUCCCGAAGAUCAUCUGGCUCACGUUCACCACGCGCCCGUCCGGUGGCCUGCAAGUGUUCGUGAACGUCGCUAGGCCGUCAGGCUGCAAGGGCGGUGCCACUUUACGGGUGUUGGUGCACUUGGACUUGGUGGAAGACCACUCCAACGUGCCUCUAGAUUGCUACGUCUCUGACGGCCGCGCCGAGGCAUUUAGCCCUCCCUCUCUGCCCGUUGUCUGGCACAAGGGCUCCGUCGACGACGUCCCGCCCCCGCUCGGGGCUUCCCUCGCCCCGCUCGAUGUGCCUGGUGGCUCCAGGGCUGCUGCGCCGCGCCGACGUGACCGUGGCAAGGACGACCACCCCCGCCAGAUGCCAAGACUCCGCGACGACACCGAUGACUUCGACGACGGUUGGCACCGUGGCGCUGGCCGGGAUGGCCGCGGGCGUGCGAAUCGCUCCAACGACGCACCGCUGGAGCCGCGCCGGGAGCGAACCCGCUCCCCCCGACGCCGCGAUGGGGAAGCUGCGCGCCAUGGGAGGCGUCGGGCCGGGUCCCCGUGUGUCGGUGAGCUUCAGGGCGGGGCCCCGAUGCUGCCCCCUCGCCCUCUAGCCAGCUGCGCCCGCUGGCUGCCGUCGGGUCCACGGAGGUGCAGCGCCUCCCGCUCAUGGAGCACCUCCGCCUCCUUCGGGAGGAAGUGUCCGCUGCCAUCGAAGCUGCUCUCGCCCCCCUGCGCUCUGAGUUCGCCAUCCUGCGCCGGCGUAUCACGGGCUCCACUGUCAUGCGUGACCGUGGGCUUUCCCCCCUUGGCGCGUCGGAGGUUGCGGCCGGAGCGGCCUCGCCGCCGCUCGACCCCCUGCUGCCUCUGUCCAACUGCAUGGCCGGGCUUGCCCUCUCCCCUGUUGUGCGGCGCCUCGACGAACCGAUGAAUGAAGCCUGGUCCUUCUCUGCGUCGAGCCUUUCGCAGCCGGGCGAUGAAACCCCACCGACAGCUUCUCCCCCACUCCCUGUCAUUGCACGUCCGGCGGCUGUCGAGACGUCUGUUGCUUCCGUUCCGGCUGCUGCUGUCGUCCCCGUGCUGGACGCGGCCGCAGCACCGGUCUGCGAGGCCUCUGCUCCCUGUGGGGCGGCGGAUGCGCCUCCCAGCGACGCGCCAGACGCGAACAUGGUUGCCUCACCGCUCGAUCCUCCUGAGGGCGCUCAGGUGCUUCCGGCAGCUGUCGCUGAUGGUGUUGCUGCCCUUGCUCUGCUCACCAUGCAGGCCUCUGGCUCGGCCAUGCCGUGCGAGGCCCCUCUGGACCUCUUCCUCACCCCUAUGGCCGACGCGCCGCACGCUCCUUUGCUGCCUACCCCGGCGGCCCGCAAGGGCAGGGGCGGCAUGCCGGUCGCCACCACUCGGCGUAGUGCACGGCUGGACAAAAAGAAGACCAAGGCCCCGCCCGGUUCCGGCUUGGAGGCGGUCCAGGAGCUCAUCGCACGGGUCUGCGGCGUUCUGGACCCGUCCGUUGCCUACGACGACAAGGCCAAGAAAGCCUACCUCGACCUAUUCUCUACUCCACUUGCGGCCCCGGUGGUCCAGGCGAUCGCUGGGCUGGUGGCGCACGCCAAGAGCAUCUCGCAGAAGAAAGGAAAGAAGAGCAAGAAGGCCACCCUGGAGCUUGCAAACGUGCUUGCCCAAGCCAAUGUUGAGUAAAUCUGCCAUCUGUUUAGGCCCGAUCACUUCCCUGCGGGCUGAAAGUGUUAUACUCCUUUUUCUGCUAUUCGUCUUUCGACUUCGUCACCCUGAACCUCGACCCGCCGCGGCCAGACGCCGCCUAUCUUCUCUUCAAUGUAAUCAUGUGCUCAAGCCGCUAGCUUCAAUCAGUGUUUUUGCGUCUGCA